CUCUGUUAGUGAUUAAAACCCGCCCGAAACUAAAAAGAAUCAAUAUCCCAACAAGUUUCAACUUCCCAUUUUCUAGUCUUUUAACCCUUUGUUACUCUUCUUUCUCUUCCAUCCAAAGCCAAGAAUUUCCACUACAUUUUACACAUACAUUAAACUAUUCUCUGCAAUUCUCCAUAGCUUUAUAAAAGAAUUGUGUUGAUCAAAAAUUGUAAAAAGGGUUAUCCUUUUCUUCUUUUUAGCUUAAAACAAUGAAGGUUCAUCCAGUACCAAGAAAGCGCAACAUCACACUACGAUACGACAUCGUUUCGGCACUCUCCCAGGCCAACGCCAUAGCAUCCGGCUGUCAAAAGAAGCUCCGUCGACUACCUCACAUCUUCGCGAAGGUUCUCGAACUUCCUUUCCAUUCCGAUGCUGACGUGUCUAUCCAAGAGAGCCCCGAUUCGUUGCGUUUCGUUAUCCCGACGGAUGAUAACGUUGGGGACAAUAUUAGGGCCCACACAGUUGAGAUCUAUCCUGGUGUUACUAAGAUUGUGAUACGAGGGGAUAAUGUUUUGGAUUCGUCUUUAGGUGAGUUUGAGCUCGACUUAUGGCGAUUCCGUCUCCCGCCGUCAACUCUGCCGGAGCUGGCUACCGCUGCUUUUGACGACGGCGAGCUGGUGGUCACGGUCCCCAAAGACCCACAUGAAGAAGACGUGGAUGGUGCUGAUAUUGGUGAGGCUGGACGCCUUAUUCUUGUACAAUAAAUCUCUAGCUUCAGUUCCUUUUUCUUUUUCAGUUUAUGUCCCAAUUGUAGCUCGUUUUGCUAUAGGGAUAUAAUUUGAACUAUCUAUGUCUAAAUAAGAUAGCGACCCUUGGAUGUGAAUUUCGAUCGUUGUGGUCUACUCAUUUCUUUACUAAAAGUUCAGUAAUAUAGAGGAUUUCAUAGUAAUAAACUUCAACAAGUUUGGGAUUAGAGGCAAUCAGAUGUAUCCCCAUAAAGUUUGGUA